UUUCACACAAUAAUAUUCCUCUUUAUUCAAACCAAAUUCUCCUCAAUCCCUUCCAUUUAGGGGACAAUGCAGAAUAAUUCAUCAAAUAGUAAAUGUACAUCUGCAUCUCACCAGUUGAUGGUGGACAAUGCCAAGAACAGGCUACAUUUUCUCCAAGAACAGUUCACCGAUCUUCAAUCUGCUAGGAAGGAAGGUAGAACCGGUGAUGUUGACGUGUUAGAGGAACAAGUUUAUCAGAAUCUUCGUGAGUGGAAAGCUGAGCUCUGCACACCAUCCCCGGCCUCGUCUUUAUUGGGUAGUCCUGGAUCAUUCUCUGAUGAUAUAUACCGAUUGUUGCAAAUAAACGAGGAGGAAGAUGAUGCCCCUAGUGCAUUGAAGGGACCACCAGUGCUGAAGCCUGAGAUUGAUGAUCAAAGCCUAAAUCCCGGUAAUUUACAUGUAAUUCCGGAGGAGCAUUUUGUGAGUCAUGAGCCACAAGAACAAUCAUUUCAGGGGUUUGAUUUAUGUAAAGUCUCGACCUCACCUAAUGCUGACAACAAUUAUCAAUUGGAUUAUCAUCCUUUUGACUUACAACAAGAAUUUGACCAUGGGCUUCUCAUUGGUGUCAAUCGUGCAGAAGAUUAUGUGGAGGAUGCUAGCCCCAACAUACUGCAAAACAUCUGUCCUCCACCAUCUGCUUUCACGUCUCUGGGAUUGUACAAGGCCUGCUCAAGGAUCUGUCUGGUAUCAGGACUAUUGUAGCAGUUUUCAUGCUAC